AUGACUGCCACCAUCCAAAACAUAUUGGGCACGACCAUGUCCCCAGUUCGUGAAGUCGUCAUCCGGACAGAGUCGGGCUCCGAAUUACGCGCCGUCCUCAAAAUUUACGAUCGCCGAUUUGGCCUUGAUCUUCGCCAUGUCAACCGCCACCCCGAUCCUCAUAGGGGAGUCCACGAAGACGCCUUCCUGUCGUUUGUGGAGCGAGGAAAGAUAACGGGAUUCCUCGAGGAGCAUGACCGGGAAGGAAAGGAGCGGGGUACGCCCGUGCGGGCUUCGUGGUACCUCGAUGAAGCGGAAGAUGGCCGCGCCAUGUACGAGGCGGCGCUAUGGCAAGAAUGCGCCGAUAGCUUUGAGUGCGAGACCGAGGCCUACUCCCGGCUGAGCGACCUCCAAGGCGACCUCAUCCCGCAAAUGUACGCCCACGUGCGCAUCACCGGCGCGGACGAAACACAGCCGCCGUCGCCGAGCACGGCACGCUACUUUGAGAUCAGGGGGGUGCUUCUCGAGGCCAUCGGCGGAUACAAGCUCUGGGAUAUCGCCACCGCACCAGAAGCCCCUGCGGAUCCGGGGGCGUGGCAGGCGAUCAUCCAGAACGCGUGCAACGCGGCGCACGAGAUCAACACGCGCGGCGUUUACAUGGAAGACUGCGCGGCGCGCAACGUCGUGGUCGACGCCCGCACGCAGAAGCCCUUCAUCGUCGACCUGGCGCAGUGCGAGUUUAGGGACAAGUUGGCUGAGAUGUGGCGGGAAAUGGACGAUAAUGACGAGGAUUGGGAUCCCGACGUCGAGUACUGGCAGCUGAUGCAGCAGAGCAACAACCCCGCCAAGAUUGGUAGCCCCAUGGUCCGGCAGUUGCAGCUGCAGAGAGGGAUUGAGUUGCAGGGCAUUACCUAUCCGGAUUACGACGGGAUUAUUAGGGAUGUUAGACGGAAGAAGGGGCUGAAGAGUUAA